AUGGCUUCAGCAGGUGCCUACUUGUCUGUGCACCCAUUUGGCACAUUAACAGGGACCCUGUGCUGGGUAGUUCCAGGCAGCACCCCCAGUGUGGGGCAGCAGGAUACUCCACAGCUGAGGCCUUCCUCAGUCUUAGCUCUUUUUUGGGCUCUUGGGCUGCACCCGGAGCGCAUAGACCUGAGAGUCUCCAGGUCUGUGAGUCACUGGCGCGGCGUGAUUUGUCGGCACCGCUGCAUCCCGGGCUGCAUCUCCACGAGCCACCUCGUCCUGUCCGUUCGCCCCCUGCCUGUAGGGAUGUCCGUGGUCGCGGCCGAGGCAGGCUUCCAGGUCCUCUGCCAGGAAGGUGAGCAACCUGGGGAUAAAAAGUCCAGCGUGAAAGAGGAAAAGGCAACCAAAAGCAGGUGGUCUCUGAGUGGCCUGCGGAAAGGCAAAAGGGAUAUCAGGACGUGCAACCUGACUGGCUGGUGGGAGAAUGAUCUGGGCUCCAAAAUGCAAGUGUUCAGUGUUGACAAUGAUGGAACCUUCUCUGGUGAGUACCACACCGCCGUGUCAAGCACCGUGAAUCCCAUCCAGCCAUCUCCACUGACUGGUUCCCAGCACCUGGAUAAGGAUGGACAGUGCACCUUUGGCUUCACUGUCAACUGGAAGAAGUUUUCAGACUCCACAGCAGUCUUUGUGGGCCAGUGCUUCAGUGGGAAUGAUGGGAAGGAAGUCCUGCACACCUCCUGGUUGCUGCGGGAGAAAGUUGGCUCAGAGCCAGAUGACUGGAGAGCCACCAGGACUGGCCACAACACCUUCACCCGAGUAGGCUGA